AUGCCGAAAACAUUCGAGAAGACCCGAAAGGAAAUUGCGAAGAAGAAGAAGGGGAAUCUCAGCACCCUUCACGAGAAGAGCCGUGAUGCUCGCAAGCUGCACAAGGCCCAGGUGCGCGAUGAGCGUCUAGAAAAGCUGGCCGAGGCUAGGAAGAAGAGGGAUCAACCCUUGCUUCGCCGUGCCUCAUUUUUCCAGCAAGCAGUCCGCGACGCCGGGCUCAAGCCCAUGGAGGCCGAAGCUAUUCAUGCUAAGGUGAAGGAGUAUGUGCAUCAGUUUGAUGAGGAGUAUAACGAGCUCAAGAAGGCGCGUCGUCCUGGGCGGCCACCAACCACCAAGGAGGAUCUCCUUCGGAUGAAGAUGGAGAAGCUUCAGAAAGAAUAUCAGGAUGGCUUCUAUAUGCCAGAUCUAAGUCAUGCGGAGACCGUCAGCCUACUGGACAAGUGGGGAGGCGACUGGUCCUAUCUGACGAACCUCACUUGGGUCCGGCUCUCCGCCUCAGGGGCCGUCAAGCCCGCCAAAUUCCCUCCUCAGACCCUCUGA